CCUUCAACGGUAUGCGAGCCAAUGAGACAGCACCAAACAAAUGUAUCAGGAAGAAGAUCCAGUAUUGUUAUACCGUUUGUGAUUGUCGAUGACUUUCAUAUUUCUAAUUUUAUCCAACAACCAGUAUGGCGAACACAGGUACCAAGGAAAUCUCCUAUGAGGAAUUGAAGGCUCUUGUGGGAAAGAGCCCGAAUCUCAUUCUGAUUGAUGUCCGCAGUGAAGAGGAGGUGGCAAAAGGACAUAUUCCAGGAUCCAUUAAUAUUCCACUUAAUACAGUAGAGGGCGCUCUUAAAAUGAAUCCAGAUGAAUUCAAGGUUAGGUACGGAGUAACAAAGCCACUGCUGGAUGCACCAGAGCUGGUUUUUCACUGCCAGAUUGGCAAGCGAGGGGCAAUGGCUACCACCAAGGCUCAUCAGCUAGGAUACGUGAAUGCACGUAAUUAUGCUGGUGCAUACAGCGAGUGGUCGAAGAAAGAAGGAAAAUGAUGCUAAAGGAGAGUUUCAUAUUUAUUUAUGAAAACAGGAAGCAUAAAAUAAAUAUUGGUAUUUUUCAGACUGUACACUGAAUUUUAUAUUAAUGAAUAAAUACAUAUAAAUAAA